AUGCUGCGCCGCCUCCCCCCCCCGCCCCGCAAACGUUGCAUCAUGCCGAUUUCCUUCGUAGGGGAGUCGCUCCAUCCCCUUGACCCUUUCGACGGACUUCUCUGGACCUUCCCUGGCUAUGCAAGCCAAGCACCCCACCCCACGCCGUGCAAAGACCCUCCGUGCAACACACUAGGGAUGCGCAACGCCCCGUGCCUGGCCAGCCCCUCCGCAACGCUCAGGAUGCUUCGCAAAGCAUCCCUCUCUCGCCUUUUUUAAAAAAUUUGCAUGGCCACGCCCCGUACUGAGCACGCCAUUGGCCGAAGCCCCCUUCGCCCCAGCGAGCGUGCGGCAUGCGCGCGCGCGCGCCGUUGAGGCGGGUGUGUGUGUGCGCGCGCGCGUGGAAGAGACGAUGCUUGUGUAUCUGCGGAGCCGCUCUCUCCCUCUCUCAUUAGCAUAGGCCGCGGCCUAUUGGUGGGCUUUUGGGAGGAGAGGGACGCGGGGCGGGCUUAACGUCGUCACGGCCCUUUGGCGGGGCUGGAUUGGAAGCUCCCCGGUUGCCUGUCAAAGAGGGUUGAGGGCGGGGUUGAGGGCGAGGGAGAUCGCGAGGGAGAAGGGGGUGAAAACGACGACGACGACGAAGAAAAAGAGGGUCCCACUUCCGCCUUGGUGUCAACCGGGUCUCGUGAGGAAGCGAGCGAGCGCGCGCGCCGCGAGAGGCCGGUGCCAGGUAACCAACCGCCGAGGGCGCUUAACCGUCGCCGCUGCCGCCGUCCUUCUGGUCCCUCACCUCCCGACCCGGUUGGGCGCCUGGCACUGAGGGAAACAGCUGGAGCCCCACAGCGGGGCGAGGGGGACGGGUGGGCCCAAAAAAACAACCUUCUCCCGCUCCGCCUGAGGAGAGGGAGCCAGAGGAGCUACUUGUGAGGAGGAGAGCGUCGAGGCUUUGCCCCCCCCCCCUUCCCUCACAGGGCCACUCUGAGGGAAGAAGAGGCCCUUUCCUUUUCGGACCCGUCAGGCUCGUUUCGGAGAGGGGCGGUGAGGGGCCAGACCCGCGCAUUCCCUCCCCUAGGGAGGGCCGUGGCUCCGUGGCCGGGCAGGUGCUUCGCACCCAGUAGGGUGCCCCGGGCUCGGUCCCUAGCGCCUCAGUCCCCGGUAGGGCUCGGGGUGGGGUGGGGGGACGAGAUCCGGCCUCCUCGUGGACUGUACCGAGAGCCAGCGCUAGCCUGACUUGCUUCCCUAUCGGGCCGCAGCUCAGCGGCAGAGCAUCUGCUUUGCAUGCAGGAGGACCCAGGUUCGGGGCCCAGAGCCUGCAGGUAAGGUGGUUGCUGCUUCUGCUGCUGCCAGUCCGUGUGAGCUGGGAUAUAGGUGUCAGUUUCCUGGGUGCCCGAGCACACAUAAAAUUCCCCAUGUAGGGGCUGCCCCCCCAUGUCAGCAAAAAUCAAUAAAAAUACUUUAAAAACUGAGGUUAUGCCCACCCUAACAAAAAUCCUGGCAUGGCACCACGGCCCUAGGCACCCAUGGUCGUGGGGCCUAGCUGGCACUUCUGGGCUGGGCUGAGAUGGGCCAGUGGUCUGUCUCAUUGUAAAGCAGUUUCUUAUGCUCCUGUUUGCCUCUCCUACUCACUCCUAGGUUGAUAUGUUAUUUGGAGGGAGGAGGGGGGUUUUUUUGCCCCUCAUACAGCCACUGUGUUGUUGAAGGGUUCAGACUCGCCCUUUACAGACACACAUAUCCAUCGACAUUUCAGCACUGCCCCCCCCCACAUUCCCGCAAGUCCAAGCAAGCAUUUCCACUUCUCUGCUUUUGAGUUGGGUUGCCAACUUCCUUAUUUGUGUGUGCGUUGCUGGGGUUCCUGCUCCUGUGCUCGGAACAGCAUCUUGAUCUGCAGACAUUUAUUAGUACCUCUGUACAUGCUGAUCUCUGCAUAUUGAAAAAUUUCAUCUGCUGAUUUCUGCAGAUAAGGUAGUUCUGGUUGCAAGACUGCUGAGGGCCAUAGGUGCCAACUCCCUGGAGCCAUCAUGAGAGGCUGGUUGUGUUUUUGAAUUAUUUUUUCAGCUCAGCUGAUAAUCCUGGUGCUGAGUGCAUGAUUUGGCCUUGUGGCUGUGGUAAGGAACCAUUUUUAGAUGGAGGGCUGCAUUCUCAUCUGGGCAGUCUGGGAUGGGGGGUGCACAUAUGCUCUGUCAGUGCCAGAGGGAAAAGUUGGUGAAGCAAUGAAUUUACAUUUUACCUUUCUACAGUCAGUUUCUACACAUGCACACACGCCCCCUCUGUCCAGGCAAUCAAGAAACAUGAUAAAAGUUCUAGGACACAUUCUAAUGAGACAAAAACAAUGAAGGAGUUAUGAAGUAGGACUGGUGGAGUGGUGUGGCCUGUUAGAGUUUUGACAACUGGAUAGAGAGGCCUGCAUGAUAACAAUCAGCCUCUGGGCCCAUAUGUUCCCCAACUGUGACUUAAAACUUCCUCAGUGUUCUUGCUCUGCAUUGCGCCAUUUACCUUAGGACAAUGUUUCUCAGAUUUGGAUCUCCAGCUGUUGUUGGACUACAACUCCCAUCAUCCCUGACCAUUGGUGCUGCUAGGGAUAAUGGGAAUUGUAGUCCAACAACAGCUGGGGUUUCAGGUUUGAGAACACUGCCUUAGGCAAAAGGAACCCUAUGUGAUCUUUUAAGUUUGUAGAUGUGGUAUCUCAUCAUAAGCCUGAAUGCACCCUGCUAUUCAUCCCUCCUUUUGGGGAUAGAGGAACCCCUUCAUGAAUGUGUGGCUAUAUUUCUUUGAUGGGUUUAUACUCACUAGAUUGAGGUGGUGAACAGAUUCUAAUUGUCAUCAAAACUGAAAUUUCACCUCUGGAAUUUGGACAUUUAAGAUGUGACAUUUUUUCUUAGAGGAAGAAUUGCACCUUUCCCAAUGCAAGGAAGAAAGCAGAGAAAGGAGAAUAGCAAAUAUUUCACAUCUUUUGGCACUAAAGCCAAAAGUGUGUAGUUCAUUACAGGUCAAGGAAGGGAACAUCCCUGUCUGUAAUUGUGGGACCUAAUUUGCUACCAGUGCUGUGGGGAUAGACCUCAACAUUCAUUUAUUGGAAGUAUAUAUAGGCUGCCUUUUAGUGUAUAACCCUCACAAUGUGGCGUACAACAAUGAUAAUGAGAUAUACAGUGGUACCUCGGGUUACAUAUGCUUCAGGUUACAUAUGCUUCAGGUUACAGACUCCACUAACCCAGAAAUAGUACCUCAGGUUAAGAACUUUGCUUCAGGAUGAGAACAGAAAUCAUGCUCCGGCGGCACGGCAGCAGCAGGAGGCCCCAUUAGCCAAAGUGGUGCUUCAGGUUAAAACAGUUUCAGGUUAAGAACAGACCUCCGGAAUGAAUUAAGUACUUAACCCGGGGUACCACUGUAUUAGGAUACAUUUAAUGUAUCAAAAGCGUAAGAAGGCAAAAUUGUGAAGAAGCAUGGAGCAUCAAGAAUCAAUAGCAUAAACACUGUUAAAGGCAGUCUGGAAUACGAGUUUUCUGGGCAUGCAUUAAGGUUUGCACUAAAUGUGUAGUAGUGCAAUAGGAAGUGAGUUCCACAAUUGCCAGGUCACCACCAAGAAAGCCCUAUCUUUUGCACCCAUCAACCAAACUAAUUUUAUUGGUGAGUAGGUUUGAAUGAGUGAAGACUACUUUAAAAAAACAGCCCUGGCCCCAAAUCAUUAAGGGUUUAAUAGUCAGACAGUCUUGCCUGGAGGCAGGAGUCAUUCCUGGGGUUAGGUUUGUUGCCCUUCUGUUUGUUGCUGACAACUUGCCUUGGCCUACUCCAGGGUGUAACUUGAUGUAUCAGUGACAACAGAAACCAUUUCCUUCCUCUGAAGAGAACUGGGUGGAGAGACUUUUGCCUGGGGAAUAGCCUAUAGCACUGUAGGGGGUAAUAGACCUCUAGAUUUGUUUAUAACAUCUGCUGCCCUGUCCCUUCGACUAAUUCACUUUAGACUGGAGAUACACUAAGAUAAUUAACUUCCUUGUACCUUGGGGUGUGGCAAGUCCCUUGUCCCUUCUAACUUGGAGACUGCCUCUGGCUCUAGUGAGACUAUCUUGCAUAGGAGCAGAAAUGACCUCCUAUUUGGAUACUGUAUCUUGUUCCUUAUUGCAUAGCUGGCCAUUCUUCCUGCAGUUUGUGAGACUAUUUGGAACAUGUGAAUGUAGUUGCCAUCUAUAUCUCUGGCAUAAUUGAGGGUUUUAAACCAGUACACACCCAUUGGCAGCAACGGAUAUGUUUACUUCUUGUAGAGAUGGUGAAAUAGGAAAAUUAUGCCUCCUGCUUCACCUCCAACCUGAAUUGUAACUAAAUAUUUGAAAAUGUGAAGAUUUGAAAAUAUCAAAUGGUGAGACUUGGUUUUGAGUCACCUGUUUAGGGAUAGGUAAGGUGGUGAAAAUCAAAGAGAGGGCUAUUAUCCUAAAUGCACUUGAUAUUUCAGAUUGGUUUUGUUCCAUCUUAAAGUAUAGAACAAUUGCUUCAUCCCUAGUUUAGAGAUUAGACUUUAACUUUAUUAUCUGGAUCUUCUGUUCCCUGAAGAUAUGAAGGAGAGACUUGCAUUUUAGAUAAGACAGGAGGCUGCUUUCAUGUGGUAUGAAAGUAGAAACCCUAAUAUAUCACAUGCUCCUUGUCUUGGAAGAUACUCAUCUUCCUAAAUAGAUGCUCAUCUUCCUAAAUGGAGAAAAGAGUAUGUAAAAUAAGAGUUUUAUGGUGGGUCCUACAAAUGGGAUAAUCUACCCUGGAAUUUAGAAGUGGGAGAAAAACCAACUGCUGUGAUUUGUUGACCCUACUAAAAUCCAGUCGGGUGAAUGUUUAACACCUCUUACUGGAACGAAUCCCUGUGACGGGUGAGCUCCCGUUGCUCAGUCCCAGCUCCUGUCAACCUAGCAGUUCGAAAGCACGUCAAAGUGCAAGUAGAUAAAUAGGUACCGCUCUGGCGGGAAGGUAAACAGCGUUUCCGUGCGCUGCUCUGGUUUUGCCAGAAGUGGCUUAGUCAUGCUGGCCACAUGACCCAGAAAAACUGUCUGUGGACAAACGUCAGCUCCCUCAGCCAGUAAAGCGAGAUGAGUGCCACAACCCCAGAGUCGUUCGCAACUGGACUUAACUGUCAGGGGUUCUUUACCUUUAAUGGAACUAUAUGGACCACCUCUGUUGCAAAGUAUGAACACAAGCAAUGAUAAUCUUUGUAGUUAUGCAGUAAAGGGAAGUGUGAAUAGACUCCAUAGAUUGUGUUAAUGGCUAUUAUGCACUAUUUCUACUGCUUUAGGGUGCCACCCUAGAUCCGCUGGGUUGAGUGAGUUAGGAUGUGUCGAAUCUCCAGUUUAGCCAGCAAAUACCUAGUUCAGCUGGUAUAAGUCCCCAACCCUGGCUAAGUUGGCUGAGCUGAGACUGGCAUAAUUUACACUGGCGUAAACUUUGCAAAAUGGGUGUUGUGUGGGAGACUGGGCUGAGGGAACUUGUGCUGGUUCCUGACUUGGCUCAUCUCAGUCAUGUGACCUACCAGCCCAGUGGAACUUGCACUGGCAAAAAGUGUGGUCUCCUUUAGUGCAGCUAUGAGGAUGAGGCUGGAAACUUGUGGUUCUGUUUUCAGUUAACCACAGUGUAGUAUAACAUCCAAACUUAAAUGUGCUUAAUCCUAACUUUGAUUUAUUGAAACAAGCUAGCUUCAUAAACCGCAUAAACCCUGGUUUCAGUUGUGGAAGAAUAUUCCUAUGCUAUGAAUGGUCCAUGUCGCCAUUAAGAAAAAGAGGUAGGAAUAGGCCAAUGUAUAUGUGGAUGGUCCCUGGAUAAAGUGACUUUUCUUUUUUGAGUUCUCAAAGUUCUUAACUAGCUCAAGGUUGUCAUCUGAAGUAGCCAGAUGCUUAACUGAUAAUCAAUCACAGUCAGUCCAUCAUUUGAAAAAUAAGAGUUUAGAGCUGGCUUGCCCCAAAAUGGGAACUGGACAUUCCAUUUUGGUGACUGUAACCAUGGUUUAAGGAGACAUUUGGCACCUAGCUUACAUAUCUGAAUUUCUGACACUGGUUAUGCUGCAGGAGAAGUGGGAAGUGGAAAACAAGGGACCCCAAGACUCAUUUGCAUAACACUAAAAUUUAAACCAUAGGCCACAUAAAAUUUAAACCAUUAUUAUUAUUAUUAUUAUUAUUAUUAUUAUUAUUCUGCCUUUCAUUUCAAGAAUAAUGCAGUCAGUGUGUUUGUGACUAUGAAUGAGGUUUACAGCUAAAACUAUUCUGUACAGUUGAAAGGGUUAGAUAUGGAGAUGACGUGAGAUAUUUUAUGAUGACAAGCAACACCUUGGAUUUUGCAGUGCAGUGUCAAUUGCAAAAUUCAGUUGUUUUAGACAGCAGUUAGGCAUUCUGAAUUCUGUUGAAAGUUAAUAUGGCCAAAGUAUAUAGGAUGUCUGUGGAGCUAAUAUGAAUACUCUUAUGGUGAGCUUCCUGGGCAAUGCAGAAUGUAUGUAUACUGCAGCUUGCUUUGAUGUAUUAUCUGAAGCUUGGCAUAUGAGGAGAAGAAGCAAUUGUGCAAAUAAUGUGUUAGAUUUAGUUAUUGCUGCCAAAUCCCAGCCAUCCCAAAGUGUUUGAUAUUGAUGUAUGGCAGGGGUCAGCAACCUAAGGCCCAUAGGCCACAAGCAGCCCAUGGGGUUUGUUUAAUUGGCCCAUGAACCCCUGCCGCCUGCUUGGGGACCCCUGCCGCCCGCUCAGUUGGCUCCCAUACUCUGUGCUAAACCAGCAUGGAGCAGAGCGGGUACUGCCUUCCGCGAUGCUGGCUGGCUUCUCAUUGGCUGCAGCAAGCUCCAGUGGGAAACUGUGUGCGCCUCCUCCACACCAGAAGGAGCGUCGGAAAUAGUGUUUGCGCAUGUGCGCACACACACACUCCGGCCCACUGCGGCGUCUGCGGGACCGUGAACCGGCCCAAGUCACAAAAACUUUGCUGACCCCUGAUGUAUGGAAUAUUGUUGCAACAGAGAACCUAUCUUCUGCAGUGUGAACCCUUCCCGCCUCAGAGGUGUAGGGGCGAAACUGAAGAACCUGGUCUAUCUUUUGGGAAGGUCACUGUGUAAUAUAACAAAUCUAUGCAAUAUUAUUUAUUUGUAAAUUUCUGUACUCUUCCUCCUCAACCCCAAAUUAAUAAAUCAGUAAAAUAUUACAUAUAAUCAAGGACCAUAUAUACAAAGAAUAGAAGGUAAUUGAUAUGCAUAACUAAAAUCAGGAGGAAUGAAAAGUAAGGACACUUGAGCAGUUAAAUCCUUAUGGAAGGAUUUCUGCAUAAUCUGUGCUGGGGGCGCCGGGCAAAUUGCUUGAAAAGCUCAUCAAAUUUUAUAUCUGUAUAAACCUCACUUCAGAGAGGCUUUUUCUGGUAUCUCCAUCAUUCUGCCUAUUUCUUAUUGAUGGGGCUAGUUUUACUUGCCUGCUUCUCUUGGGCGAUCUGUAUACUUAGCCGAGCCUGAGUUUAAGGAUGUGCAACCAUAUAUAUAUUAAGCAGAAGAGCUACUGUGGAAGUGUACUCACCGUGUUUCAUUCAUAUGUAUGAUUUUUCCAGCACUGAACUGCAUAUUUGGGCAGAAGUGGGUUGUAUUCAUUUUUACAAGAAGAUGGCUUUAGUGGUGUUUUCUUGAAAAUUUUGAACUGAAAAAUGAAAACUAGACUAAUUUCUUAGGGAAAUAAUAGAUUCAUAGAAUUGUAGAGUCUCUUCCAACCCCCUGAAAUGCAGGAACCAUAACUGAAAAUCUCUCAUAGCUGGCCAUCCAAUGUCUAUUUAAAAAACACCAAUACAUGUAACAGAGAGUCCACCAUGUUCUAAGGUAGUCUGUUCCUCUGUCAAACAGCUCUUGUCAUCAGAAAGUUCCAGUUUACAUUGGAAAACUACCUGCUUUCCCAUGUUAACAUGUUUGUUUUAUUUGUAUUUAGAAAACAACAUUGAAAGUAUUCCCUGUUUUUAUUUUGGUCCCAAUACAAUGCAAGUGUUUGACUUGAAAUACAGUAUUUGAAGGGGAAAUUAAAACAUACUUAAUGUGGUUAAAUGUUAUAUUGUGUAGACAUUCUUAUUCAAAUACUUAAAAAAAGUAAAAGACAAUAGCAUGUAUUUACCUUGUGUUGUUUAAAUGGGGGGGGGAUUAGUGAUUGCUAUUGACCUCCCAUUUUUAUUUUUCUCAUUCCAAUUUACAAAACAGUGCUAUACAUUUAUUCUCUCACAUGCUUAGUAGGGAUAAUCAGAUGAAAAUCAUUUAAUACAACUUACUGCCAACCUUGCCUAAUAUUGUAUUUAUAAUUGGUAUCCAUUCAUUGUGCCUAAUGAACUUAUAAAAUGGCUAUUUUUCCACCUCACAUCAUAGCAUGGCUUAGAUUACAAGCCUUAGAACUACAGUACUGGGUCCUUAGCAAUGCACAUAUUUAUGCUACUACAAGUGUCUCUCUGACUUCUCUGGAUUACAUGCCUUCUAAAAAAUUCUCUUUCUUUCCUUUCACCCACAAUCAAUCAACCUGAGAUUGUCUCAAGUAGGUUAGGAAAAACGGUUAUUUCAAUGCAACAGAAGGUUAGUUGAUCACAGUGAUGGAACUGGUGUGUAUCUUGAACCCCUAUAUAUGUUUUAUACUCUGAGGAGGCAUAGCACUUCCUAUAAUGCUGAGAGGCAAGAUUAUGAAAAGUAUAAAAGGAGUGGAGUGUGUGUCUUUUGGUAUGUGCCACAUGCUUGUAAUUUGCCACCAAAUGUAGUAAUGAAUAUACCUUAAUAUUGCUGUUCAGUGUCCUCUACUGAUAUUGUCAUGCAUUGGCUCAUUUGCACUUUUUUCAUUGGUCCUGCUUACACUAAAACCUCCUGAUAUUUGUUUCAGGGUUGCUGCUUGCAUGCAAUGGUAAUUUAUCUUUCUUAUCUUUGCAAGGGCAUCAGCACAUCUGCACUGUAAGGUUGUUUUCAAGGGCUUGUUUUGUCACAUUUCAUGCUGAUGCCAGUUAGUUAGGAUUAAUGUUAGGUUGAGAUAUGCAGUCAUACCCAACUAACUUUUACUCAGAGUAGGCACAUUGAAGUUAGUCGACCUAAGUUAGCCAUGGCUGCUAAUUUCAAUGGGUCUGCUCUGAAUAAAAGUUGAAUGCAAUCCUUGUUUCAUUUUGGAAUGGGAAGUAAAGGUAAAGGUAAAGGGACCCCUGACUGUUAGGUCCAGUCGCAAACGACUCUGGGGUUGCGGCGCUCCUCUCGCUUUAUUGGCCGAGGGAGCCGGCGUACAGCUUCCGGGUCAUGUGGCCAAGCAUGACUAAGCUGCUUCUGGCGAACCAGAGCAGCGCACGGAAACGCCAUUUAUCUUCCUGCUGGAGCGGUACCUAUUUAUCUACUUGUACUUUGAUGUGCUUUCGAACUGCUAGGUUGGCAGGAGCUGGGACUGAGCAAUGGGAGCUCACCCCGUCGCGGGGAUUCGAACCGCCGACCUUCUCAUCGGCAAGUCCUAGGCUCUGUGGUUUAACCCACAGCACCACCCACGUCCCUGGAAUGGGAAGUAGCCCUGACCAAAUACUAGACUUCGAAAAAUACCAUGGGGCACAUGGAGUAGCUCAAGAUUGUAAUCUGAACUAACCAGGUGUUUAACUGAUAAUCAACCACAGUCACCCUAGCCUAUCUGAGUUUCUAACACUGGUUGCUCCUAAGUUUAAUUGGUGUUAAUCUCUUUCCUAGUAGGUUUUCCAGUUCCCUAUGCAUGGAGAUUUUCCUAAGUCUGAACUCUAGAUCGAUUAUUGAUAAAUGGAUGUGCCUGUAUGAUUUGAUUCCAUUAAGACCUAGGCAGGGAAGAAGGCACCUGCAUAUUCCAGGGCUCUUAUGUCUUAUGCCUUUAUAAUCUAUAUUACUGGAGAGUUUUCUUACCCUGGGUAUCUAAAAGUCAGCCUAUCAUACAUUCAUAGACAAAAUGGAGUUCCCUUUGCAUCGAGCUGCUAGAGACAUGUUUAAAAUGACAGAGAAACAUGGUUCUCUGACAACACUGCCCUGAGUUCCUUUGGGAAAGGGCAUGGUACUGAUAUGAUAAAUAUUGGGUUGUAUUCUGUGCUAGUCCUACUCAAGUAUAGACCCAUGGAAGUUAAUGAACAUGUCUAACUUAGGUUCUUUAAUUUUACCUGGUCAACUCUGUGUAGAACUUAGAUAAAUGCAACCCAACAUACUGAACCUACACUUUGUUUGAUGGAAAGACUUUGACACAAAUACUUAUUUGUAGUGGUGUUUCCAUCAAUGCACAGUUUAAUAAUCCUGGCUCUUUCAUAAUUGGUAUAAAAUCAGCCAGAUAUGUAAGCUAGUUUUGUUGUCUGAUAUAGCAUUUGCCUUUUCCACUGUGUGCAAAACACUCACUGCAGAGUUACUCCAUCUCUGACCUAGAAUGUUUCUCUCUCUAGUACUUCCUUGGUGGUUGUAUGGUUGGGGGUCAACUCUAGAAGGCAGCCAGUUAGGCUCAAGCUUUGCUUGGUGUAGGCAGAUUAGCAUCUUUUCAGGGCCUCCUGUUGUUGGCAAAUCAGUCUGUAAUUUAUGGCACUCUGCCCUUGAGCCAUUCCACUUACAUUAAAAAAGCCUCUUGUUGCUGAAACAUUUUCCACAUCAGCAGUCUUUAAAAUAAAUAAAUAAAUAAAUAAAUGCAAAAGAGCCAUCAGAGAGCACCCCAACCCUGGAAAGAAAUUUGAUAUGGUGGAUAUCCAGGUAUUCUAAAAUUGAAGUUAGGAAGAGUCUUUAGCACUGUCUGCAAAGUAAGUUUUAAAUAUAUGUGUAUCUCUCUUUUUUUUUUUAUUACAACAAACAAACAUAUUGGGGACUUCCCUUUUCAUUCAUAAUUUGAAUCUUAAAUUAUGUAAAAAAAGGUAAACAAAUUGACUUUCCUAUAUUGGAUGUCUGGAUUACCACAUUAUAGUUUUCCUUUUCUCUCAGUAUGUUUGAUGUUGUUUGCAUUAUGUCUUUACUUAAAAAAAAAUUAAUAAAGUUUCUUUUAAAAACAUCUUACGUGAAUUGAAGCAAUGGCAGAAAAGUUAAUGCAUAUAUGCUUGCUGAUAGUUUAGUGAAAUAUUUGGGGUUAGCCCAAUUGUGUCUGUUUUGUAAGCAACCAGAAUAUAAAUACUGCAUUCAGCAUAAAUUUUAAUUUCUAAUCCUUAAUAGCCAUUCAAUUGACUCUGCUUCUCUCACAUUAUCACUUUAGUCUAACUAUAUUAGGACGAUAGCCUGGUUUCAUUUAGAAGCAGAAGAGAUGUCACAAGAGGGCUGGCUUUAUUCUCUGGCUCCAUUUUUAAAGACAAAUAAUAAUUAAUCAUAUUAAGACACUAAAUAUAGCGUAUUGGGCUUAUGGAUAUGGUUAAAAAUAUUGGUUGACAUAGUUGCAUGCAAUCACUUCCUUAAUUUUUAGCUUUUCUUUGUUGUGUAAAGCACUGGGCAGAGUGAAACACAGAUUCUAAAAGCUUGCACUGUUAAGCCUUCCUGUGUCAAGAAACCACAGUGAGGAAGUUUCCAUAGGUACUGUUAUGUUGUAGUAAUUCCAGAACUUGGAAGAUCAAAUUAGGAUGGAAGAAUUGGGGCAUGCAGGUACCCAGUGGGCUUACAGUUAGGCAAAGUUCUAAUGAGGAAGUGGUGAUUCUUGAUUACCCUUCAGCACUGUCAGUCAGUUCAUCUAUGCAACAUACAUUAUUUGUAAAUAAGAGCUCAUUGGGAGGGGCAAAUACUGAAACUGUCUCCUGGCCCACUUCUGUGGCUAGGAAAUUGCCAUUACCACCUUAAGAGCAGGUAAACAGCCUCAAAUAACUUUGGCUUUGUAGUGGCGGAAAAUGCCAUCUCUAAUACCAUUUUAAAAUUAUACUAAUAUUUUUUAUUUUUAGGUACUCACAGCUUGAGCAAAAGGUGUGAAGUAUUUCAGUACAAAUGACUGUCUACAAGUCCAUCAUAUAAUCAAUGUUACAGUGAAAUUUAAUUUGACAGGUAAGAUUCCUAUUACACAUAUCCUUUGUAUUAACUAGGCUAUUUAAUUUUUGAGCAGUGUUAUCUAGUGGGCAAGAACUUGUAUUCUUACCCAGCUGUUACUAGUUUAUAAAGUUGAGAAUGAGAAUUAGGCCUCUCUGCCUUUGCCUCCUUCCAUUGUUCUCUAGCUUUGGUGAGAAGAUUCUGGCUUGUAUCAAGCCAGAACCUUCCAUUUGUUUGAAACAGGGAAUUCUGGCUUAACGUCAAGUUACCAAAGCAGGAAAAUAAGCCAGGAUAAUGGCCUGGAGGGAAGGGAAGAGAGCAGUAGUAAGGAGAGAGACACUUACGUAGUCUGGAAUGAUGAUGUAAACUUGACCAAUGUGCUUCUGUUUUGGAACCCAAGAGGCCAUUUUACCCCAUCAACUUUAUAUUAUUGCAAAUAGGUGGAAGUAACUGUACUAGUGUUCACACAAUUGGGAAACCAAGGGAAUUUGAUUAUUGAUUGGGGAUCGUGGUGAGAUGAGGAAAAAACUUUUAAUAUAUUUGAAUUACCAUCUGUUGAAUUUAUUAUUUCAGCAACAGAUGUACGUAGGUGAUUCCCUACUUGGUAGAAGACCAUUACACGAUUAUUAGUGUCUUUAACAUUUUAAGGUAGUUGAUAAGACUACUGACCCAAGCUUGAAUUGACCUGACAAAUGAAUUAGGUAAUGUUUUGGUGCUUUUGUUGAAAAUAUUCCUCUUUUUAAAUAUCAGUGCUUGACAAGUACCAUAUUUUUCGCCCCAUAGGGUGCACCUAGUUUUUUUGGGGGGAGAAAUAAAGGGAAAAAAAUUAUUUCCCCCCCCCCCCAGGCACGGGGCGGGGGAAGCCUGAGCUUCCCCCAACCCCAGCCCCCAGAACAGGCUGCUAUCAGCAAGCCUUUGGAGCCCGGCGGGAAUUCCCGCCGGGCUUGCAAGGCUUGCGGACAUCUGCCCGAAGCCCAGGGUGUGCUCCGGAGCGUGCCCCGUGCUUCGGGCUGCAGGCUGCCGCCCGCAAGCCUUGCGAGCCCGGCGGGAACUUCCGCCGGGCUCCUAAGGCUUGCGGAUAGCUUCCUGGAGAGCGAGAGGGGUCAGUGCGCACCGACCCCUCUCGCUCUCCAGGCUUCAGCGAAAGACUGCAUUCGCCCCAUAGGACGCACACACAUUUCCCCUUCAUUUUUGGAGGGGAAAAAGUGCGUCCUAUAGGGCGAAAAAUACGGUAUCUGAAGUAUAAUGAUUAAGAGUUAAUUGUUAAUUAAUCAUAGCUUAAAAUGAUCAUAAUGUGAGAAUGUCAAACAUUAGACUUCUGAAACUUUGACCUAUAUAUCUCUUGGGAAAUUUAUUGCACUGUAACUAAAACAAAGCAAAUCCCUUAUGUAGGUACAGUGAAAUAAACCUAAACAAAGCAUACAAAGGUAAACUGAGUUCAUAGCAAGUUUCCCCAAAGUAGAAAAAUGCAUAAAGACAGAUUGGUGGUCAUGUUGGGUUGCCCAGGUUGUAAUUUGUGGGCAAGUGUUGUAUCCAAUAUUGUAUCCAACUGGUGUAAUCUUUCUGGGUAACAUAUCUGUUUUCCAGAGCUAGAAAUUUUGGCAGAACUUCUGAAAUCUUUCCUCUUCCUUUUUGUAAAUACCGUACUGUUAAGUCAAUUAGCCUGUCCAGGCUGCUUUAAAUGAACUAGUAGAUAAUUUAGUUGUGUUUGCAUAGUGAAAGGUAUGAAGAAGAGGCUUUUUAAAAGGGUGUGAUUCUCCCUUCACUCCCCCCCCCUGUGUUUUUGCUAGAAAUGUUCAAAGGCAAAUGAAUAUAAAAUGUCUCAGGGCAGUUGUUUUGAAUUUUGAGUACACAGGUUAACUGCAAGCUGAUGUCAAAAUUUGUACACAUUGUGUAAAAAAGUUAAUGCAGCAGAAUAAUUAGGGUUCAGUAUUUAGUUAGUUGAUUAAAAAAAAAGACCACACUUUAUCAGUUGAAAUGGUGCACAGCCAUUGUUUGUUCUUAAUGCAGGUACAUUAAAACCAUGGGUGGCAGAAAUUGCCUUAGAAGAGACAUUCCCCCCUCUUUCUCAUUCAGGAAAAAAAACCCCUCUUAUAAGAUUGGCAUGUGUGGGUAACAUCUCAACCAAAAUAGUUUCCCCACCCCUUCAGUAUGAUUGGUCAUAUGGAAACAUGUGAUUAAAACCCCCCCAAUCAAAUCAUAAUGGAUUGGAUCCAGACAUGCCCUUCUGUGAACAGAAUGGUCUCUGAUCAAUUGGUGCCUCCCACCAGAGGAAGGGGAAAUGAUUUUUUGCCAGUUUCCCCUUCUCACUCCUGCAUACCCAAGCACCACUUCACAUGUUGUUCUGGAGGAUCCCUCAACUUGUAGAGCAGCUUUUCAGGGGAUUACAGGGAGAAUGAGAAAUUUCCUGUUUUGUAUGGAGUUGUACUCCCCCUGACGGAGAGUGCUCAUAGUUGGGUUGCUCCUGGAUCCAUCUCUCUGACUAGAAGUUCAGGUGACUUCAGUAGCUAGGAGUGCCUUUUUCCAGCUUUGGCAGGAAAGAUAGCUGCAACUGUUUCUGGACUAGGAUAGCUCAAUUGUCUGUGGUAAACUUAAUGUUGGAUUACUACAAUGCACUCUAUGUGGGCUCAGAUGCUACAGCUUGUGUAGAAUGCAUCAACGUAGGCUGCCCAAUGAUCAGUCACUGCCAUAAUGUUAUUCUACUGCUGAAAAUGCUGCACUUGCUGCCAGUUAGCUAGUAGGCUAAGUUUAAGGUUCUGGUACUGGUGUACAAAGUCCUUUGUAGCUUGGGACCUGAAUACCUAAAAGAUUGUCUCACCCCUUAUAUACCCAGCUGAUCAUUGUCCUCUGCAGGAGAGGGCACCCUGUAGAUACCAUCUCAUCAAGAGGUCCAUUCUGUAUGAAGUAGGAAUCUUGUUUACUGUGACAGCAGGUAGCCUUUUAGAGCUUCCUCCCACUGCAUAUCAGACAGCUGUUGUCUUGGUGCCUAUUGAAGACUUUCCUUUUUCAACAAGCUUUUUAAGUGGAUAUUUUUAUUCCAGUCUGGGUCUGUUUUGUAUUUGAAAUUGAUUUUAAUACUAGUACUGUAUUCAAAUCUCAUUACGUAUUUGGAGAACAGGUGCUUUCCCCAGCCCCCACAAAUUUACACGAAGCAUUACAGUGUCUCCCAGUGCUUGAAACCUGGAAGAAUGAUUAAUUUUAUGGAUUGCGUUAUUCCUGUUUGCUGCUUCAUAUCAGAUAGUUGUAUGUACAGCAGUGGUGGUGAAACAUAAUAGUCUGCAUCAGUAGUCCAGAACAUAAUCUUUCAGGUUUUUUUUUUAAAAACCCAUGAAACUGGAAAUCACAGAACUAUACUGUACUUGAUGAAAGGUUUAGAAUGUUUUCAAAUAUUAAUGAUAGAAUGUUUCACAAGAAAUGUAGCUGUAUCCUUUGUCUCUGUUUCCAACUGCCAUCUUAGAUUUUAAACCUUUUUUCUGUUGCUUAUAUAGACAACAAGGUAUUUUGCUUGUCUACAGGCUUUUGCUCAUUUAGUGUAGUUUCUCAAGGCACUUUUUGUAUGCAGAAUACAUUAUUGUUAUACGGGCAACAGUUCAGAGAAGGAAAAAGGUUUACUUAUCAACUAGAACUGUAUCUUGGUUUAACCAUGCUGCUUUUGGUAUUGUCACAGCCUAUAUAUUGAAUUGAAAGAAUUGAACAUUUGAUUUACAAUUGUACCUUGUGCAUAUUCCAUUUUAUUGUAUGGCUGUGCUGGCCAGAGUUCCAGAGGGCACCAGGUUGGGGAAGGCUGUGUUAGAUGAAUGCAGUUGAUAACCUAAUUCCAUAAAUCAGUUCUUAUAGGAAGAGAAGCUGUCAUUUGGAGUUGAAAAGCUACAUUUUGAUUUUUUUUAUCAAAGCUGUAAGGAGAAAACUUAUGAAUAUAUGUAUUGAUCUGCUCAAACUGUUAGAGUUCUUUAAGUAUCCUAGGAAACAAGCUUUCCAAAAAUGCUGAUGUGGAACAUUGCUUGUUCAGGAGUUUUGCCCUGAGGAAAAUUUGGGAAUGGGCUUGAGGCUCAACAAUUCCUUCUUGCUACAGGUGGAGUAAGUGUAGGUUGUCGUCAUUGGCAUCCAUUUGUCUCAAAAGGCAAUAGAAUGCACCUUUUCGGGAGAAGUCGAACUGCUGUUUUAGCUGCACUGAAGUGACCUCCCCAGAGCACAUACCUGAGCAGUGUGUAUGGAGGUUCUGGACUGCCCAGAUGACAAGACUCCUCUCAGCCUUGCUGAUGUGGUUCAAAGAAAAGCAGAGCCGUAUGUAUGGCACCAACUUUGCUGCAGGAGUUGCUGGAAAGAGGCAUGCAAGGCACCAUCCAACUGUCUUAGAGACUCCACUCCAGAUUUGUGUUGGGUGUACUCCUUAGCCUUUUCUUCUCCUGAAGAUAUCCCGCAACGCAGAGGAGAUUUAGGAUUAGAGCUACCUUCCUAUGUUGUUGAGCCCCAUCUGCCCCUCACUUCCCUCUGCAGCAUGUGCAGAAACCACCAUCAUGACUGUUGGACCCACUAUUUGUCUCAUCUGCUCAAUCCACUUGAGCCUGUCUACACAUGCAGGGGAAGUCCGUAACUCAUUGAGGGUUUGAGACCCAUUGGCUACCCUCACCUGGUUUACCCGGCCAGUUGAAGCUGAUCCUGGCAUGUGACCACUGUUGCAUGCUGACACCUAGUGUUGGCUAUUUGCAGUUUAGUGGCGCAGCAGAAAGCUUGCUGAGGAGACCACGCAUUACAAGGAACUCAAAAAUAACUUUAUCAAGGUUUUAAUAACAAAAACUCCUUUUACGUUAAAUAUAUCAACAAGCAUGACCCAACCACCAACCCAUCCCCCAGGGUACUGAGCGAGCUCUUUAUAUACUAUACCCAAUUGCUGACACAGCUUAAUUAACACAACUUAGCAGCACCUGCUAUACUGUUUCACAGCUGUAAAACUGGGUCUCGUUAUUUGCUCUGGCCCUUAAAGACAUACACAUCUUGUGGAACAAUAAUGAACAUUCACAUUUAAAGAGACCAUGCAACAUCUAGGAGCCACAGGUGAGAGCUGAGUGCGGGGUGGGGACUAAAGGUGGACAAACUACCUCAGAAGGAGCACAUCAUGAACUCCAUGUCAGUACGCCUUUCAACCGAUGUCAGCGAAUGGGCCCAAUAACUGGUUCUGACCUGACUGGGCUAGGCGACUGGAGCACUUUCAGAGACCUUCCAAUCCUGGAAUGCAGGUCCCAGUGCAUUGGACCAAUAACUGUGCAUUGUGAGCACCAGACUCAUGCAGAGUAGAAAUAACGCGGAAGCUAGCUGUGAAGCAUAACUCCUUUUAUUUCUAAUAGCUACUACAAACUAACAAACUAUUGGCUUACAUGAGUGUUACAUCUCCCACUCAGCCAUCUACAUAGAUGAGACUCUCUCCACACACAGAGUCAAGCAGUCAUUCAGGAGCAGAAGAGUAGAAGAGCAGUUUCCGCCCCCUCCUUUUUCAAAACAUCAGAUCAGGAGAGUCUGUCAAUGGGAGGGGUGAAAAUAUCAACACACCAGAGGUGCUACCCCUGCUUUACAGGAUUAGGGAGAUAAUAGUGUCCAAGAAAUGUAGUUCCAUUCAUUCAGUUCUGUUUGUGGUGGCGAACUGGGAGCAUCUGAUAACAACACAAACAACGUAACAGGCUGUAUGUAACUGUAUAAAUUCUUUUUAAAUGCGAUUCAGCAUAUAUCAAAAUAUAUGGUUCUAUAGACCAACGUAUUAUAUAAACAAAACAUGAGAAAUUAGAGUCCAUCAGAUAGAUCAGGAAAUACAAUCUAUUCAGUUCUUAUAUUGGCAGUAUCCACAGUGUGGAAUUCUUAUACCAAUCUUGUAGUGUUCCACGUGAAGAUGCUUAAGAAUUCUAGCAUUCCUUGUAUGUAGGUAUCAGAAAAAAAACUUGGAAGAAUGGCACAUGCCGAAAAUAAGACAAGGAUUCCAUGAUAAUUCCUUGUUUCGCCCAACCGGGCUUCGUCAACUGUGCAUACUCUGGAUUAUAUAAACAAACAUAAUGUGAUGUAAUUUUAUACAAAACCAAGUAACAUAACACGCAUACUAAACAAUAAAUUUACAAACCGUAUUCUUGUAUAUCAGAAACAUGGAACAUAAUGGAUUCAGUCAUCAUGACCAUUAACCUAAUGCCUCUUUAUAUAGAGAGAGGCAAUAUUGGCUACAACCACAGGUGACUAUAAUUUCUAUAAAUGCUUCUUAAAGAGACCAUAUUUUAACUAAAAACCAUAAAUAAUUUUUUAAAGAAAUUGAUAAUAUUCCUUUAAGAUGUUAACCAUGUAAUAACUCAUAAAAACAGCUGUAAUCUAAUUCUGUAUUCAAGCCUGAAGGAUGUAAAGUGUUGAGUAGAAAAAUAAAUCUCGUUUCUUUCUGCAAAAGAAUCUUUUUAGCUUGUUCUAAUCUAUAGGUCCCUGAUGUGCCAAGAUGACAAAAAAUGUUAGAUCCUCAUCAGAAUGUGACGCUUGAGUAAAGUGUUGUACCAAAGGCACGUCAACAACACCGUUUCUGAUUCUGGAACGAUGCUCAGAUAUCCUGACCCUGAUGGGUCUAAUGGCGGGUCCUACAUACAAUAACCCACAACUGCACAUAAUCACGUAAAUUACGCGUGAAGUGGCGCAUGUGGCAAAUGAUUGCAAAACAAACUUAAAGCCUUCUUUAUUAGAAAACUCUUUCACCUGCAAUGCAUAUUUACACGAGGUGCAAUGACCACAUCUAAAAAAACAUCGUGGAGAGUUGGUUAAGGUCCGUUGUGUAAGUGUAGGUUUUAAAUCUGUGUGUACCAACAUGUCCCUCAGUGACCUAGUGCGUCGUUUGGCAAAACAGGGAAUCACAACACACCCAGGAAUGUCUUUAAGGAUGUGCCAAUGACAUUUGACUAUUCUUUCAAUUUCAACUGGGAGCAGCAGCAGAGAGAGCAUGUAAGUCCGUUGACAUUUUUAUCUUUAUGCAAGUUCACUUGUAAUUAUAAAAGGCUGAUCAAACUCUGCUCUGGGCUGCACUGUCAUUCUGGUGGAUCUUUGUUACAUUAGCAUGUAAAGAAAAAAAUAGGGAAAGGUUUUAAACCUGAAUAAAUGUGUCUGAAUUUGAUUAUAGUACUAACUUACAAGGCAUUUUAACUAAAUGUUGGGCCCAAACAUUUGUAAAUCUGUUUAAUUUCUUUAUGCAAUUUAGGUGAUAGCAUUAAAGGAAUUAAAUAUGCCUUCCUGGCCCAAACACUCAUAUCAACUUUUCAAUAUACUUUUCUUGUUCUGGAUUAUUUGUUGAUCUUUAACUUUUGCUACUCUACUUUGACAUUACUGACUGCUACAGAAACUACUUUAGACUUUGUAGAACCAUAAGGAAAGAGAUUUAUGUGCAGGGGAAUUCUAAACAUAUUUCCUCAGAAAUAAAGGCCAUUAGUUUAUUGAGGUUCACCUCUAGUUAAGUGUGCAUAGGAUUGUAGCCUGAAUCAGUUCACAAGUCUUAACUUAUCAAUAUUUAGAUUGAACCUACUUUGAGUAGGGAAACUAGGUUUUGGUUUUUGUUUAAUGAUGGAGCUCAAAGCUUCAAAGAAAAAAAAGAUGACAUUUCUUUUUUAAAAAAGUUUGCAUAAAUGUUUAAAACUGGGGUACUAGCCAUCCUUGAAUAUAUGUAUUUAUUUAAUAGUUGAGGAAUCUGAAGAUUAAGACUUAAGGUGUCAAGACUUUAUGUUUUAUAUAAAAAUAUAGUUAUACAUUUUGAGCACAAGAUAGCCAGAGCUAAAAUGCUUAAGAUUUAUUAAUUUUCAUAGGAGAGUCAAGCAUGUGCUUAACUCUAUUCCAUUGAAGUGAAAGGGGAGAAUUGCUUAACUUUGCCAAGAAAGUGCCCUCUCAAUGAUAACACAACAUAGUUGGAAACUGCCAUGUGUAGCUUUAGCUUCAGGUUUUCUGGGACAAUGGGCAGUACAAAUUUACUCAGUCUCUUUGUCUUGGAAAGAGACUCUUCUUGACAUGCUGCAUUUUCUUCUAAUUAGCUGCAACUAUUGGUGUCAUCUUAUGUUUCCACUGACAGAAAAAUGCUUCCCCAGAGAGUGACUUUUAUCUGCUUUGUUUUGUGUGUUUCACUGAGAGUUGUUGCGGUCAUUUGUCACAAUAAUUAAUUUUUUAUUAGUGCGUUGCUAGAUGUACUGAGUUCAUAAAAGCAGCCAUAACAUGGGAGCAGGAACUUAGUGGAUGUUGUCACUGUAACUUCUUGAGCGUGGAAUAAUUUUCUAGUUCCUGAAGUGACACAAACUGUUCUACAGUGAGUACACAAAGUUCUCCAGAGCAAGUUCUGCCAUUUCAGGAAUUGGAAAGCACAUAUGGCUCCCAAAAUGGGAGGGGCUAUGGGGGCUUUCAGUGGGAUGCGGGUGGCGCUGUGGUCUAAACCACAGAGCCUAGGGCUUGCCGAUCAGAAGGUCGAAGGUUUGAAUCCCCACGACGGGCUUAGCUCCUGUUGUUUGGUCCCAGCUCCUGCCCUCCUAGCAGUUUGAAAGCACGUCAAAGUGCAAGGAGAUAAAUAGGUACCGCUCCAGCGGGAAGGUAAAUGGCAUUUCUGUGUGCUGCUCUGGUUCGCCAGAAGCGGCUUAGUCAUUCUGGUCACAUGACUCUGCAGACAAAAUUCGGCUCCCUCGGCCUAUAGAGUGAGAUGAGCACGCAACUCCAGAGUUGUCCGUGACUGGACCUAAUGGUCAGGGGUACCUUUACCUUUAUCUUUAUGGGGCUUUCAGUGAGGUUGCAAUCCUGUAUUUGCUUACCUGGGAGAAAAUCCCACUGAACUCAGUAGGACUUGCUUCUGACUAGAUAUGUAUAGGAUUCCAGUGUUAGUCUUCUUCCAGGAGUUUAGCAAUGGAGUGUGGUGAAAGAGAUAGAAAUGCAAAGCUGGUAGAUGCAGAUAGGCUCAUGGGAUUGGCUUGUUAAUUAAGUUACAGUGCUUUCCUCCUAUAAAAAUGAAGGCAUAAACCAUGCUUGUAUAUGGUGUAAUAGGAAAGAGGGAUGAGUACUUGGAAGAAGUAAUAAUGCUUGAAUGCAAUAUAGAUAUAUUUAUCAGGAUGUACCAGUCUGUAGUUUGCCCAAGUUUUGUAGAAUGCUGUAUGAUAUAGCAAGAAUGACAUAAGUGUAUUGUAAAGAGAUCCUGAACGGUUCCUAUGCAAGAGAGAAACUUCACAUUGACCAGUUUUAUGCCACCUUAACACCGAGGAAGGUCUGUGGCCAAAUAUAGGGAUUGAUCAUUUUCACUCAGUCCUUAAAUACUUUUUUCUUGGAAGUAUGUGUCCUUUGAGUUUACUGAGGCUUACCUCUAAGUAAGUGUACUAGAGAAAUGCUUGUUUCUUUCCUUUUUUAAAAAAAUAAUUUUCUUGUUAAAGAUUUUCUUUAAUAGUACAUGCCUUGUCUCUUUUUUUGGGUUGUAGAAUCUUUUUUUACAUUUAAAGUGAGAUGCUAAUGUUGUAUACAGCAUAAAGUUGGGGCAGAAGGAGGGGUGAUAAUACUUGGUUCAUAUGUGGGGGUUUUAUGUCAGCUUCACUUUGAUAGGUUCUCCGUCUAUUCAUUUAUUAUAUUUCCUCAGUAGUAAGAGAUUGGAUGGGGCCCAGGGCAUCAUUUAGUUGACAGGGCAUCAUUUAGUUGUUUUUAGUUGACUGCAGUGAGAUUUGUUUGCAUGGGGAACGGGAGGAGAUUGUUGGGUCAAGUUAGCCAUAUUGAUUCAUAUGGAAAUAUGAAACAAUAUGGCUGAUUUAACCCAACAAUCUCCCUCCCCCACAGACUCACUGUUAAGACUGUGUUCAUGGCCGACAAUCUUACUUGGCUACGAGUGAUCGCCAAAGAAAGAUUGAUUCAUAUGCUGUCAGUGGGUUCUUGUUGUCUUGUUGGACUGUGUAUGUAAUAAAGGGGAGCCAUACCUCUUCUAUUUGUCCCUGUGCUAGUUUCAGUCUGUUGGUUAGCUUUUCUAGUAAGGCUGUUUCCCAUACAGUUUGGUACCACUGGUCCAUGUUCACUCAUGACACUUCUCUCUGGUGUCUGGCUAUGAUGCUUCUGACUGCUGAGAGUAGGUUCGUUAUAAGCCCUUUAUAAUGUGAGCAGUGUUAGAAACUGAGAUAUGAAAGCUAGGAGCUAAAUGGCACCUUAAAACUAGGCUAUGGCUACAACAACUGAACGUCUAGGCAUCCUUUUUUAUAACAAGAAUAUAAAGCAGAAAACAUUCAUUUUCAGCUUUGUAUUUUUGUUAUAAAAAACCAUGCCUAGACGUUCAGUUGUUGCAGCCAUAUACAGUGGUACCUUGGGUUACAGAUGCUUCAGGUUACAGACACUUCAGGUUACAGACUCCACUGACCCAGAAAUAGUACCUCGGGUUAAGAACUUUGCUUCAGGAUGAGAACAGAUAUCGUGCUCCGGCGGCGCAGCGGCAGUGGGAGACCCGAUUAGCUAAAGUGGUGUCUCAGGUUAAGAACAGUUUCAGGUUAAGAAUGGACCUCCAGAACAAAUUAAGUUCUUAACCAGAGGUACCACUGUAAUUUAGUUGCAGCUAAAAUAUUAUGUUCAUUUUUCACAUGGCCUAGUCCUUCCCCUGCCCACCCCCCCUAAUAUUCUUAGGAGGGUCUCUUCUCCAGUCUUCAGAGAGUAGCUGGAAGUGGGGAGGCAGAAAAAGGUCCUCCUUUCCUUCCACUCUGCAGUUAUAAUCUGAAAUCUUAGGCGCGGAACUAUGCCCAGAGCUCAAGAACUGCUCUCCCUAAUGUAAUUCCCUGUCGCAAAAUGCACCUAGAACAAUGGGAGUUUUGAACACUGAAUGUGGGUGGGCAUUAUUGUCCUGGAAAGUGUUCACUAGGGCCAAUAAAUGUUUGCUUCUUGAGGUGCUGCACUAGUUGUGUUAUCUCUGUUCCAAUAUCUUUAUACAAGUUUCAAAUUUUACCAUUUGAACAGAAUAUAGUGUGCUGAUGAGAGCAAGCAGACAUUAUGCAAUAGUGAGAGAGAUUAUUCCUACUAGGGAACCCAAGUAGUGAAUGCCAGUGGGAUCAUUAAGAAACAAAUGGGGAGUUACUGGCAUGCUCAGGGGAACUUCAGGACAUGCAGAAGUACAAAAAUGUUUUCUGGAGAGACAUAAGGGGACAGUUGAUCCGUUUCCCCAAAACAGCCCAGUAAGGAUUGAGUUCUGUAACAAUGGAAUGUUGACUGUCAGUUGGAAAAGAAAACAAAGCUGGGGUUGAGGGAGUGGAAUGCCCUGCUUGAGUCUCUAAUAAUACAGUGGUACCUUGGGUUACAGACGCUUCAGGUUGCAGACUCUGCUAACCCAGAAAUAGUACCUCGGGUUAAGAACUUUGCUUCAGGAUGAGAACAGAAAUCGUGCUCCGGCGGCAGCGGGAGGCCCCAUUAGCUAAAGUGGUACCUCAGGUUAAGAACAGUUUCAGGUUAAGAAUGGACCACCAGAACAAAUUAAGUUCUUAACCCGAGGUACCACUGUAUAGUAUAAUAAUAAUAUGGUAUCCUGGAUGAGUGCAUGGCUGACAGGCUGGAACUUUGAACAGCACUUCUGCUAAGCGGUGAGGGUACACUGCCACAUUUGUUACAGGUCCAAUUUCUAUUACCCCCCCCCCCCAAAGUUUAUUCCUUAAUAGCUGUAUAUGUUUAAUACAUAAAAUCAGAGGCCCACAAAGAUGGUUGUCAAUACCAGCCAAAAAUUUGGUGCCUUAAAGACUAAAGCGAGAGAUGCUAUUAAAACAAACUGUAGUAAACCAGACAAUUUAGGUAAUUGUGUGCAUGUGAAGAGGACUCUGAAAAGGGUAGGUGUUGGUUUCACUUUGAGUGAGGUGGGAGGAACUAGCCCUCCCUUUCCCAAGUUUCUCAGGAAUGUGCACAAGAGCCUGAAUAGGCUGUUCGGUGGGAUACCUUUUUUAAAAAAACUAAAACUGUGAAAGGGCAGGGUUUCAUCUCUUGUUUUCUGCUGUGCUUUGGAGAAAAUUAGAAGCCGUGUGAGUCUUUUCUACUGUUUUACCUUCUAAUGUUGAGUGUGAGAUGAGACAGUUAGUUCAUACUAGAUAGUUAGGAAGAUCAGAAACAGUGGAAGAGGCAUCUACUGCUUCUGAUUUUGAGGGUUUUGGUGGGGAUGAACUGAAAAGUUUGCUGCUUCAUUUUUGUGUAUUUUCUGUGUACUGGAUAACAUGGAGGAGCGGCAGGGUCACUGAUGAACAAAAAUGUUGGCUGGGUUCUAAGCCAAAAUUAGUGGACUGCUAGAUAAUAUGUUUUGUCUCAUUGCGGCCAUGUUUUCAUGCUCAGUGUUCAGCAGAAGAAUGGUGUGGCAGUAAUGCAUUUUUCACACUAACAUAAAUGCCACUUUGGGUAGUGCAAGGAUAAAUAUGUGGCUGGUGUUUACUUUAAAGGUGUGGAGAGAAGUUAUAACUACAAGGCUUAUGUGUAAGCUUAUAGAGCAAGAAUUUGGAAGAUAGAAAUCAUAAGGUAUGCCUUGACUUUCACUGCUGGACAAUUAACUCUCCCAGUUCGGUUUCUGUGAAAGUCUUUAAUGUCCAGAUCAGAUCAGUUCAUUGGCAAGGCGUAGGCUAUAAGGUACAGCAGGUACGCAAGAGAUACAGAUAAAUGGCUGUGCACAAGUUAAGACAUAUAUCUAACAAAUGACAAGCCAACUGUCUCGUCUUUUUGAAAGAUGGGGCAGGCACAGCUUUUGUCACAUGCUGUUUGUAUAGCAAGUAGCCAGGAUCUUGAGAUUGGGCAAGCAAGCAGGCACUUCUUCAAGUGAGUUGAACCUGCAAGUGCUGGAGCUGUCAUUUUCUUGCCCAGUCAGUAAUCUGACUUACUCUCAUUUGCCUCUCCAGUACAGAAAGGCCCCAUAUAGGCAGGAGGAAACACUGGAGGUGGCUCCUCAACAUUCUCACUGGGAGAGUUUGACAUUGUAAGUGUGGAAACUUUCACUACCAACCCAAUUGGUCCUCCCCAGAAUCCAGUUCUCCUUUCCCCAAACUGCUGAUCCCUACCUUGGACUCUGAUGCUUCUUGAGAUCCUGAUCUCAACUCCUCUAUCCCAAACUGCUCCCUGGGGUCAUAGAAUCAUAGAAUCAUAGAGUUGGAAGAGACCACAAGGGCCAUCGAGUCCAACCCCCUGCCAAGCAGGAAACAUCAUCAGAGCACUCCUGACAUAUGGUUGUCAAGCCUCUGCUUAAAGACCUCCAAAGAAGGAGACUCCACCACACUCCUUGGCAGCAAAUUCCACUGUUGAACAGCUCUUACUGUCAGGAUGUUCUUCCUAAUGUUUAGGUGGAAUCUUCUUUCCUGUAGUUUGGAUCCAUUGCUCCGUGUCCGCUUCUCUGGAACAACCUUUCUCCCUUCUCUAUGUCACAUCCUUUUAUAUAUUUGAACAUGGCUAGCAUAUCACCCCUUAACCUCCUCUUCUCCAGGCUAAACAUGCCCAGCUCCUUUAGCCGUUCCUCAUAAGGCAUCGUUUCCAGGCCUUUGACCAUUUUGGUUGCCCUCCUCUGGACACGUUCCAGUUUGUCAGUGUCCUUCUUGAACUGUGGUGCCCAGAACUGGACACAGUACUCCAGGUGAGGUCUGACCAGAGCAGAAUACAGUGGCACUAUUACUUCCCUUGAUCUAGAUGCUAUACUCCUAUUGAUGCAGGCCCAGAAUUGCAUUGGCUUUUUAGCUGCCGCGUCACACUGUUGGCUCAUGUCAAGUUUGUGGUCAACCAAGACUCCUAGAUCCUUUUCACAUGUACUGCUCUCAAGCCAGGUGUCACCCAUCUUGUAUUUGUGCCUCUCAUUUUUUUUGCCCAAGUGCAAUACUUUACAUUUCUCCCUGUUAAAAUUCAUCCAGCUCCAAUUCCCUGAGCCCUUACCAUUCCUCCUCAGGUUCUGACCACCUCCUCCAUGACACCUCCAUAGACUCAUGACAGAUUAUUAUUUUAUACAGAACACUGGGGAAUGAACCCUUAACUCAAUUACUAGGUGUUUACAUAUCUUCACAUAAGAACAAAUGUAAAGCAUGGCACAAAGUACAGAUAGUCUACUAGCCCACACAGUUACUCAGAUCUACUAGAAUGUCAAGGUUGAACUAGCCACCCUGAAGUGAUUUUUACUUUACUCUGAGACAUUAGGUAAAGGAAAGGUUGUUGGACAAUACAGGUAGGAUCCAGACUUGGUCAUGUUUAAAGUAGACCCACUGAAAUCAUUGUGACAUCACUUACUAAUGACAAUUAACCCACAGAAGAGAAAUUUGAAUUGUAUUUACUCUGUGCUUGGUGUUCAGGUGGCUAGUGUUUGGCUUGUCACUUUAAGGCCCAUCUCUUGUUUCUAUGUACUAACUUUCAGGAUACUCUUAUACCCCUUUGGAAUGUCUUUGGCAUUUUUUGUACAGACCUUUUCAUCUUAUUCCCACAUGGAGCAUCAAGUUGUUUCCUAAGUCUUAUUCAAAGUUGUUUGUUGUUGUUUAGUUGUUUAGUCAUGUCCUACUCUUCGUGACCCUCUGAACCAGAGCACACCAGGCACUCCUGUCUUCCACUGCCUUCCUAUUCAAAGUAGACCCAUUGAAAUUGACCUAAUUUUGUCCUAUUGAUUAAUUUCAAUGAGUCUACUCUGUGUAGGACUAGCAUUGGAUAUAUCUCAUAAUGUGUAUUCCCUAAGACGUCUUAUCAGGUAGUAUUUGGUGAAGUUCUAUUGUUUUUUAAGUAAGGUCUCUGAUCCACAAGCUCUCGACAAGUUUAUAUUUGAAUAUUUCAUUGACUUGUAGAAGCCAGGUUGAGAAACCUUAUUUUCAAAUGGCAUUGCGCAGUGUUCCAGGGCAUCUUGGUAUUUAUAACAUCUUGGACAACCUGUUUCAUUACACUUAUGAAACUUCAGGGAUUAGUCAAGUGGGACAGAAAAGGCUGCUACAUAAGCUCUAUUCGUUUUGUUAAAACAGUUUAUAAACAAGAAAACUGAUCAUGUCUUCAUGUCUGGAGGUGGCUGAUUCUUUUUCUGCCCCCUCCCCCUUUCUGUUGAGAUCUUUGACCAGGAUGUCUUUCAGAUGGUUAAAUGUGUUUUUUUGCUGUAUCUCUUCCCAUUUUUCAUUUGUUUUGUUCAGAAAAGAAAUUUAAUCUUAACAGUAACUUUGAAAGGCAAUUGCAGAUAUUAAUGCCUCAUAUCAAGUUUAUUGAGCCGUUGCUUCCUUCAAAAAUAGAUCAAUCAGGACUGCUUUCCUGGUAGACCAAGUUAUGAAUUUAUGUUGGAUCCUUUCAGGUGUUUCAUAUAGACUGUGCAGUCUAUAUGAAUGCAAGAGUUGGCUUUAUAUGUGGAGGUGACAUGGUCAUAUAAAUCCUAACUUAGAGAGUAAACAUGCAAGAUGGUACUACUGUCAUUCCUAAACAGGCAUCUAUUGUAGUGGGACAUACCACCCUGAAAAUGAGCAUAUCAGACCAAAGAUAUGGGUUACCUCUGAAAGCCUCAAAGAUUUGUUAUCUUGUUUGUUCAUGCAUUCAGAACUAUUACUGAAAGAGAAACUGGUUUUCAGAUUCCAUGAGAAUUAAUUUAGUGCUGCUGUGAGAGAUCUGAUCCAUUACCUGUAUUUGGUGUGUGUAUGUGUGCGCAUAUAUGUGUGUGUGUGUAUGUGUGUGUGUGUGUUUGUGUAAAAACCUAGUUAUUUGGGAUGUAUGCAAUUUACAGUGCAUUUUGCCAAGAAAAAGUGAACUAUUUCAUAAAUAUUCAGGCCACCCUCUUCAGUGCUAUCUCAAGAAUUUGAGCAAUCUAACCCCUUUCUCUCUUCCUCAUCGCCACCACAUUCAACUAUGGAUGUCACUUGUGAAGCAUGCUCACAACUUCUAGAUUACCUUUGGUUCACUGGAAUAUACUGUGUAAGGUAUAUUAUAAAUAGCUUGAUUUCAAGGCAGUAGAAUCAUUUGCACUGAAGCCUUUACAAGAUCUGUUGGUGUCGUAAGAGAAAUACUUGUAACUGUUGCUUAACAAAUUAUUAGAGGUGCGGUAGCUGCAAUGAGAAAGGAAUCUAUGAAAAAGUAAGCAGUAUUAUUCCUGCCGCUUUUAGUGGUCAGUUUGCUGCCUUUCAUUAUUUUUGGGCUUUCCCCUCUGAUUUUGAAAAGGAAACACUGAGCCUGCAAGUAUGAAAAGCAGCAAAUUGAUUUCUCUUAAAGCAGUAGUAAUUACGGUAUACUGUUUAUUUUUCCAGAUAUUGAACCUUUUUAUAGUAAAAUGUCCUGAGCCAUCCAGUUUGCUGCCAAAAAAUGAGCAGUUUCGCCUUGUGAAAGGCAGAUAAUGAUCUUGUAAGAAGAAGUCAACGAAGCCUGAAUAAAUUAGCACAAUCUGUCAUCACCAUGGUACUGGGCUAUCUUCUAUGGAAAAAUAAACACACCAAAGUCUGCUGCAGGUGGCUGCCUAUUUUCAAGAUGCUUGUUGCCAUGCCUGCUUGGUACGUGUAUCUCUGAACAAGUCUUCUGACUACUUUUCUGUGUUUGGGCAAUAAGCCCUUCUUAACAUUGGGAGAAGUUGGCUCAAAUGUUGUGCUGGGAAAGCAUUUCCUAGUGUGACACAGGAUGUUCUUGCUUCAGAAGAGCUGGUCCAAACCAGCACACUAAUCAAAAUGCACUGAAGUCAAGCUUGUGUAACAUUUUGUUUAGCCUGGUUACCAGAGUGCUGUCAUUCGGAGGGUGGCAGAGACAAGUUGGAACUUUUUGAGAAAUUGAAUGUUAUCAAAAGAACAUAUAACACAAGGAAUAAACAAUGAAAUGGUUUGAUUAUGAGGCUUCUGAGAGGUUGUGAGAUAAGUGCUGCUGCUGUGCCAUGUGACUUUUGGCUUCAAGGGAAGUAGGGGAAUUUCAGUUGGGUGUGUGUGUAAAAAAUCAGAGGAGGGAGAAAUCUACCUUUUUGUUCAUUUUGGCUGUAUUAGGGAACAGGAAAUUUGCGGGUGUGGAGCUCAGCAGGACACUGGAGCCUAUGGAAUGGGGAAGGGAUUCCAGAAUCAAACCCAAGGGAGAGAACACAAGGGGGACUCCUGUUUGCCUGGACAGUUAUUGACUUAUUUAGAAAACAAUGGAUGGUCAUCUGUCAUGGAUGCUUUAGUUGAGAUUCCUGCAUUGCAGGGGUUGGACUAGAUGAUCCUCAGGGUCUCUUCUAAUGCUACGAUUCCAUGAUUCUGUGAUACCUUGCACCUUCAGGGAUCACUGUCUGACGGGUUAUAAUAGCCCAUCUAUGUGGGGAUAUUGGUGUAAAGAGCCUCAGCAUUCAUGCUAGAUAGAAAUAAUUGUCUUGAGGGAGCGUUAUGAUUAUUUUAUUGUAAGUUGCUUUAAAUAUGGAAUGAGGAGUAUACAUAUUUUAAAUAAUAUCUCAAUGGCAUUGUACAUGCAAAGAAUCACCACAGUGUGCCACAUGUUUUUUAAAAAGGGAAACAGGUUUUUCUCCCCUUCCCCUUUUGCUUCAGGUAGGUAGUCGUGUUGGUCUGACGCAGUUGAAAUAUAUAAAAAAAUAAAAAAUUGACCAGUAGCACCUUAGAGACCAACUAAGUUUGUUUUUGGUAUAAGCUUUCGUGUGCAUGCACUUCUUUUGUAUCUGAAGAAGUGUGCAUGCACAUGAAAGUUUAUACCAAGAACAAACUUAGUUGGUCUCUAAGGUGCUACUGGACAAUUUUUAAAUUUUUAAAAAAUAUAUUUCCCCUUUUGCUGUAUGCUGUUGCAUCCAAACAUAGGCCUUUGGGUGCUUAAUAUUUACUUGUCGGGAAUGGUGGGCUUGGUCCAUUGAAUUAUCCUAUGUAAAUAGAAGUUGAAACACUAUAUUUCUCCCCUUUCUAAACAGAUUAUCUGGACGGAUUUUAUUUUUCAUAUAAAAGUUAUCUCUCACCAAGAGCAACAUGCAUUAGAGGAAAGUAA